AUGGUGAAAAUGAAAGCACAACUUACUUUCACAUGCAAUAUAUCUGUAUCUUCUUUGUUUUCAUUCUCCAUGCAUUUUCCACCCCUUUUGGAUGGUAUUCAAUUUGAGAGGAAUAGCUUGCUGCAUGAGGGGAGACGCACGGGGCAAGAUUUUUUUAUGCAAAAAGUGUACAGAUUUUCGACUGAGUUUGAGGCUUGCAGUGGUCAGCCUAGGAAAGUUAUGCAGCGUAAUGAAGGGAUCAAUAGUGCUUGGUCUGGCCCAGGUCCAGGUAUGAUCAAACUAAACAUUGAUGGAGCUGUUUUUUUGGAGAAUGAUGCUAUUGGAGUAGGUGCUAUUUUGAGAGACCAGCAUGGGAGUCCAUUAUUAUGCUUUUCUGAGAAUGUUGCUGGACGAGUUGAUCCCACCUUUGCAGAAUUGCUGGCUGUUAAUCGAACCCUUACCUGCAUUGAAGAGAGGGGCUACCAUGAUUUUAUCCUAGAGUUGGAUUCGUCCAAUAUUGUUCAGGCUUUAGGUUCUGAUGACUGGUUGGACUCUCGUAUGGGUCAUUUUGUGAGCGACACCAAGGCUAUUAUGGCUAGACUUGGGGUUAUCAAGUGUCAACAUGUUUGUCGAUCGGGUAAUGAAGUUGCGCAUACAUUAGCAAGAAUGGCAAAGUUUAGACAUGGGAGUUCCAUCUGGGUUGCUUUCUGCCCAAUGGAAAUUGUUCCCCUUGUUAGGAAGGAUAUUUCUUUCCUGUGUAAUGUUUCUGAUUCUUAA